AUGGUGAAGACUGAGCAGAAGAUCCAACAGGAGCCAAUAUCUAAGGCAAUGCCAUCAACAUCAUCAUCAAGCAAGAAAAAGAAGUACAAGGAAGUGAGAAUGAGAAGUUGGGGUUCAUGGGUGUCAGAGAUUAGAUCACCAAAUCAGAAAACAAGAAUAUGGUUGGGCUCUUAUUCUACACCUGAAGCCGCAGCUAGAGCUUAUGAUGCUGCACUUUUAUGCCUCAAAGGAUCUUCCGCAAAUCUUAACUUUCCCAUCACUUCUUCUUAUUACAUUCUUGAUCUCACAACUUUCAACGUGACAGUUUGUAACUGGUUAGUUUGUUAUAGGUUUUAUUUACAAGUUGACCCAUUACAAACUGUUAUAUUGAAGGUUGUGAGAGAAUAUUGUGAGAUUUGA